GUGCCACGUGGACGCUUGUCGCCCUCCGCUCAGUGGCUGCAGCAGCUGAUAAGAGCGCUCCGUGCGGGACUUUCUCCUCCAUCACUUCCUCCUCGUGAGCGAUGUGCAGCAGCGGGACGGGGAGCAGAGAGGAGCUGCGCCCGGGACGAGGCACGGCAGAGCGGGGACACAGUGGACAGGAGAGCGGGGUCUGCACGGGACGAGUCUACAGCGCGUGCACCACUGACGGAAUACAAUGACGCCCUCCAAAGUUUCCUCUUUACUUGUGGUGACAUAUGGACAGGUUAACUUUGCACCCAGGGACGCUUUGCUUGGUUUGCUCACACGGACGGGGCCAUGGCGCGUUUUUAAAGCCAGCUGCUCUCAUCUACGCACUGUACAUGGAUGUAUUAUGAAAACGGAUUAGGAUACCGCCCCCCCUUGCCCCAUCUACAGUGCGACCUGUGGACAAUCGCGGUACUGCAAGGCAAACGAUCCCACCCAGCGCUAAUACUGUUUUCCAUUAGAUCUUGUACUGUAAUGUAUGUACAACUUUUUAGAGUUUGCCUAGAGAAGUUCCAAAAUGCUUGAAUAUCUGACUUUCUAUAGUACAAUAUUAUGAGUAUGGAAGGUAAUGGUGGAUGAAUAACUAUAUACAAUGGAACUGAUAAAAGGGGACAACCACAAACUUUUAUAGUAAUGAAAAACUUAUUAGGCUUAAAGGGCCAUAAUUAACUUUGGGGUGAGACAUAGUCGCCCCAUUUAUUACAUUUGAACAGACUAUUGGAGGUCUUGAUGGGGGCCAAGCAGAGCAGCCCCACGGCCAACACAGCUGCUAACGGCCGGACCAGGGCAUACUCGGGCUCGGACCUGCCCUCCAGCACCUCCAGCACCAAUGGGGCCGGAGUGAGCAGGACCUCUACGGGAGGGAUGAGGUACCAUGCGUACGGGGCGGCCGGGGCAUCUGGAGCAUCAGCAAGUACCAGCAGGAGCAGGUCCAUGGGAGGCCCCGGUGCCCGAGCCCAAUCCGGUAUCAACAUUCCCAGCAGCAGUGGGGUGUACAGCUCCCCUGAGUCUGCAGGCAGCUCCCCAGAGGAAGCGUCUGGAGAGAGGGGGGGAAGGUCUGGCACUGCAGGACAAGAAGCCCCUCGGCUGCUCAUAGGAUCUCUACCAGCACACCUCUCUCCUCAUCUGUUUGGAGGCUUCAAGUGCCCAGUCUGCUCCAAGUUUGUCUCGUCGGAUGAGAUGGAUCUGCACCUUGUCCUGUGUCUAACAAAGCCUAGAGUCACGUACAACGAGGACGUCCUGACCAAGGAUGCAGGAGAGUGUGCCAUCUGCCUGGAAGAGCUGACACAGGGGGACACCAUCGCCCGCCUGCCCUGCCUCUGCAUCUACCACAAAGGAUGUAUUGAUGAAUGGUUUGAAGUGAACAGAUCAUGUCCAGAGCAUCCAUCUGAUUAAAGCUUUCUUUGCACAGGUACCACACCAUAAGCAUGCCCUGCCCUCCAAUGUUCCAGGAGACUUUGCUGGACCACUGUGAUUGUCCGUAAACCCUGUCCCCUUCUCCCCUUCCACCAAUAAAAAUGUAGUACCGCAGUGUGCCAAAUCUCAU